AUGCGUUUCUUCAGCACUCUCUUCCUUGCCACCUUGACUGCCACCGGCGUGGUCACGGCCAUGCCCGUCGCCCAGCCUCAUGAUCUGACUGCGCUCGCCGGAGAGGGACUCCAGGAUGCUGCCCCAGUUGAGGCUCUCGAUCUUGAGACCAUCAUCGAGACCAGAGAGGCCAGGGGCCCCAACACUCCGGCUGAUGUAGCGAAGCACGACGCCAACCACAAAAAGCAGGACGCUGGCAACUGUGGACAGGGCUGCAAGCAAUCGCUUGCGUCGUAUCAUUCGCAAGCCUCUAAGGAUUCCAAGAACUCCAAGGCUUCUAAGAACUCGAAGAACAAGAAUGGGCCUCGCGCGGUCGAGAAUGCUGAGAAUGUUGAGGGGGCUGAGGUUGAGGAGGAAGUUGAGGCUUAG